AUGGGGAUCUUCGAUGAAAUAAAGUCUUUCGUUCACUCGAUAACAACCGAGGAUCAUUAUGCCUCCUUCGACUCGCCAUACAAAAACUCUACUAUUUCCGGAACCAGUGGUAGUGUUAGUGAAGGAGGUUCAUCGAGCUCUAGACUACAUGAAUUAGGUAGAUUAGCUGGAGGGAAUUCAUCUUCACAAUCGUUGAACAACUCAUCAAGAAACAACUCGCAGACCAAUGUCGUUGGAUACAGACCAGGCUUACGUUCAUCAGCAACCAACUUAAAUGGAUCCGACUUACAGUUACAGAAUUUAAACGCCCUGGGACAACCGCCAUUGCCUCUGAUCGACUCGUUAUGGAAUAGAAUUGAAACCUGGGUGGACGAGGAGUACCCAGAGUUGGGUGACAACUUGAACUACGGGGUCACCACUGCUGAUUUAAAUGAGUUUGAAAAUGACAUUUCUUGCGGAUCGCUCCCAGUAGAGUUUAGACAAUUUUAUAAGAUACACGAUGGUCAGAUGAGAGGUGGAGAACCAACUGGGUUAAUAUUAGGUUUGACAUUGCUAGACAUUGAAAGUAUUGCAGAAGAGUAUAAGAUUUGGGGUAAAGUUGCUGUUAGAUUGGAAAAGCAACAGUAUAUAAUGCAACACCAACUGAAGGUCCCAGGAUCUUUGAGAGAAGGGACAUCUUCUUCAUCUGGUUCACCAUACUCAGCCGGAGCUUCUGGUCCAAAUAAUUUGAACAACAACUUUUUAGCAAACCAAAAAUCCUUACCACCUCAAGCCGUGCAAUGUGUCUAUUCACACAAAGGUUGGAUUCCAUUUGUAAAAGAUGACGGUGGAAACCAGAUUGCUAUUGAUUUGGCACCUGGCCCCACCGGUAUCUGGGGUCAAAUCAUUAUUUUUGGUAGAGAUUUCGAUACUAAGAUUGUGAUUGCUUCAUCCUUCCAGGAGUUUAUUUUCAAUUUUGUAACAGACUUGGAAAAUGGAAAUUUCCAAAUUGAUCAAGAUGAAGGCAACGAAAGCUAUGGAUAUUUAGAGAUCAGCCGUAACGAUGACGAUUACAUGAUUGGAGCUGAAGAAGAGAAUCAAGGUGAAUUGAAUUUCCUUGACAGAAGUAAAGAGUUCACUAAAUCUAAGGAAAAGUUGAGUUAUAUCGAAGUACAAAAGAGAAGAGCCUUAAGGAAAUUUGGAAUCAGUAACAUCGAGCACUUUUCCACUUCAUUUGUACCACAUAGAAUUAAGAAGACCAAUCCCGCGCAACAACAACAACAACAACAACAACUGCAACAACAGCUGCAAGCCUCUGACAAUAAAGGAUCUGGAUUCGGAACUCCUAGAACUACCAGUCCUCUGGUCAUACCAAAGGUUUCCAGUCCAUUAAUAAAUAUGGAAGCAAGUGCUAGUCAAGUUGGAUUAACCAAGGAGACUUUGAUCGAUGAAACAAAGAAGGAAGAGGCAAUAACGAAUGAUGACCCGAAAGUGGAAAAGAAUGAAGAAUCUACAACAAUUGAUACCACUAAUGCCAAUGCUACCGAGCCAGAAGCAGUAGUGGAAACUAUACCGGAAGCUGCAACAGAGCCAGAAUCUGUUCCAGAAGAAAUCCCAGCAGCCGACGAGGAACCAGAAGUAGAAAAGAAUUCUAACUCUGGCGUAGAUUCUGUCGCUGAUGACUUGAAAGAAGUUGCCAUAUAG